GAGUUAAAAAAGUACUAGGUAGGUACUCCUGUUGAAGUAAAAGUGGCAGAUUAAACGUCAUCAUCUAUAGAUUAUAAUUUACCUUUUAGAAAGCAAAGUUACAAAAUAGGUAGUUGUUGCGGUACAUCGGUAUAAAAAUGAGAAUAAUUAUUUUAUUAACUGUUUUCGUUACAUUUAUUAGUUGCGACGACGUCGAUAAGGCAUUUAAGGAUAAUGAAGUGACUCCGGAUGUCAUCAGUACAGUUCCAGACGUACUUCUAGAAGUGGAGUACGCCAAAACCGGCAAAAGGGUAAAUUUAGGCAACGAACUGGCGCCCAAGGAUGUGAAGGAUAUCCCUGAAGUGAAGUACAACGCAGAACCAGACAGUUUUUACACUCUGAUCCUGACUGAUCCCGAUGCUCCUAGCAGGAAGAACCCAACGCGUAGAGAGUGGAAUCAUUGGUUGGUUGUUAACAUCCCAGGAUCCAACAUUUCCGAAGGCGAAACCAUCACGGAAUACGUGGGAUCGGCACCACCAAAAGGUUCAGGACUUCACCGCUACGUCUUCGUCUUGUUCAAGCAACCAGGUAAGCUCACUUUCGACGAGCCCCAGCAUAGCAAAACGGACGGCAAGCGCGGCAACUUCUCCACGGAGAAGCUGAGGAAGAAGUACAACUUGGGCAAGCCCCUCGCUGGUAACUUCUUCCAAGCCCAGUUUGAUGAUUCUGUGCCUGCCGCUCACAAACAGCUUGGAUUUUAAGUGGCGAAUAGGCUGAAAUGCCAUCGAAUUUCCACAGUUAAAAUUCUUAAUACUCCCAUUGACCAUUAAUAUAAGCUCUAUGGUCAAAAAAAUAUAAUACUUUAUAAAUA